CAUGCUCAUCGGUGAUUCUUCUACAACAAACUGUGAAUGUGGAAGAUUUGAAAACAGGAAUAUAAUUAUAACACAAAAAACACGCAUUUCAAAUCAAGAUGAAGCCAGGACGUCAUCUGCGGAAAGGAAUCACAAAAUUCGCUUGGUACAUUUGAAAACAUCGUUACGACGAUUACUUUUGUUGAAUUUGAAGCUUAACAUUUAUAAGAGGAAACCGUUAACAUGGCGUUAUCAAAAAGGGGAAAAUAAUGUAGCUGCAAAAAGUAUACAAACGCUAAACUAUACUCUGUUAUAUUGCCUCUGGAUUUAACAUUUGUUGAAUUGUACCAGCUUGAAUUUGGUGGUCUUAAAGACGAUAAUGAAUCAGCAUCAGUAUCCCGGAGUUGUAGUUGGUUUCCUAACACUAAUGGGGUGUGUUUCCCGAGGUCCAGCCACACAACUAACCACUAUGGUUUUACAUCAGGAGACAAAGUCAUGGAAUGAGGCUAGACAAGUGUGCAGCGCGGACGGUGGAAAGCUCUUAUCAAUACAAAAUCCUUAUAAGUUAGCGGAUCUUCUGUAUAUGGAUUCUCUACCGUCGUGGAACAGCAGAGUAAUGACUGCGGACUUAUGGUUCGGAUUACACACUGAUGUAGGCGCCUCCUGUAACUUGGUACAGUAUAAAUGGGAUGACGGAGAACCCCUAGGGAGUUGGUCGGAUUGGUUUGCUGGAUCUUACACGGAACCUAACAGUUGCGAGUCUGACCUAUGUAGCCGCAUCUCCGCAUCCAAAUGGAAGACAAUUGGUUGUACCAAUCAAUAUGGAUUUGUUUGCGAAUAUCUCGGAGGAACAUGUGGCUUUGAAACUGUGGCAGACAAAAUGUUCACGAGAGGACCUGAAAGCAGCGAUAUCCUGGAUGCUCAAAACGUUUUUGUAAAGAUGGAGUCGACAGCUAAUCUGGCAAUGUGCCUGGAGGCGUGCCAAACCUCUUCCGUUGGUGACCUGGAUUGCUGGUUUGUAUUGACAAACACCAGUAACGCAGACAUAUGUUAUCUGUAUUACACCCAUGACAAAUACCUGGCAGACAAAGCUGAACACAUAACGGAAACCACGGGAACGAGCAUCCAUGUCAAGCGAUGUGGCAGCGUUGCUGUUUAUGGUGAAACAACAACUACAGCAUCGACAACAACGACUGAGGCGGCAUGUGUGGAGCUGACAACAACAACAGCGUCUGCUGCGACAACUACAGCAGCGCAAACAACUACAACAGUGAUGACAACAACAACUGCACAGAAAACAACCACGACAACUACCGAACCAACAACCAUUGCCGCUACUCAAACAACGGACGGUGUGGAAUGUUUAAAAUACAGUAAUGAAACAAUAUCUUACACUGCCAGUGAACUUCAAGCACAACUGCUUCAACUCAAGGCGGAUCUUACAGUAUUAAAAACUAGUACAAAUCGACACAUGAGAACGCUCACGAGUGUGUACGAUGGUCGGAGUAGCGCGGUCAAUAUCGGGGUGAUAGGAAGCUUAUUCCUCGUUGUGAUUCCUGUGCUUUUCUUCAUUGCUGACAUGCCGAUUUUGUACAAACACAUAAGGGGUCGCUGGGAUGACGACGAUGACGACGAUGAUGUCGAUGAUGAUGGAGUUGACAAAAACAAGAUGGUGCUGUAAACACUGAUCGGCUACCCCGAUAUCAACAUCAUAACACCAGGAUUGCAUUAACUGUAUCAUGAACACACGUGUAAUACAUGUAACAUCUACCGGAGCUGUUGUUUUGAUGUACAUUAACAUUGUUCAAAUGUAAGACCACCGUUUGUACGACUUUAUUGCAUCUUACAGGAAUUUUACAUCUAGAAACGCCAUAUUAGACGUCACGUAUUAGCACCACUUACAGUUUGAAAGUCACAAUGUACAAAGACACUGUAUAUAUACUAUUUAAUCGGUUUUCUAUGGUAUAUGCUAAUGCGCUUGUCACAUUCCACAUGUGUUAUUUAUAAUAUAUGACUGAUAUUUGUCUUCAUAUCACUGAGAUUUGUCUUCAUAUGACUGAGACUUGUCUUCAUAUCACUGAGAUUUGUCUUCAUAUCACUGAGACUUGUCAUCAUAUCACUGAGAUUUGUCUUCAUAUCACUGAGAUUUGUCAUCAUAUCACUGAGAUUUGUCAGCAUAUCACUGAGAUUUGUCUUCAUAUCACUGAGAUUUAUCAUCAUAUCACUGAGAUUUGUCAUCAUAUCACUGAGAUUUGUCAUCAUAUCACUGAGAUUUGUCUUCAUAUCACUGAGAUUUGUCAUCAUAUCACUGAGAUUUGUCAUCAUAUCACUGAGAUUUGUCUUCAUAUCACUGAGAUUUGUCAUCAUAUCACUGAGAUUUGCCAUCAUAUCACCGAGAUUUGUCUUCAUAUGACGGAAUUGCCCAUCCUUUUUUAAUACACGUCUUUUUGUUACCCCAGCUGUUCUGAGGGCAUUAAACCUCUUUCAAAUAUUACAUAAUAUAAGCUUUGACAAUAGUAUAUCUAAUGUACAGUAUGCAUACAUUUAAUUUCUUUCUUUCCAAAAUCGAUUGCCAUGCAUUGUAAUGUUAUAAAGGAUCUCUGGCCCACUGUGGGAUUGUUAUCUAAACAAUAAACUCAAAUGUUUGUUAUAAAUGUAUAACUUUUAGGCUAUGACACCACCGUCGAUAGGGACGCCCAGUCGCUAAGAGCGAUAGUAUAACAAUCGGAAAACCAAGGCUUGAGUUCCAGACUAGCUACGCUGAAGUGUUACACCUAUAACACUGUUAUAUUUUGUUGAUUACAUCUUCAUUAUUUGAUCAUGAACAUUCCGCAAAGUACGUGUUCUUUCAAAAGCUAUAGUAUUGACGAGUCCAAAACAAAUGCCGAUGCGUAUUUAUUUUUUGCAGUGGUAAGACUACCCUUAAAAUUGACGAUUGACUGCUUUAAUAUAUAGUGCAAUCUUUCGAAUAGAGUCACGGGGAUAAUUCAUUCAAAUGUUCGUAUAGCAGAAAUCUUCAAACAAGUGCUUUAUGGUUUAAAAAGGAAAACAGUAUUCAAAAUUCACUAAUUUCUACUAAUUCUAAUUUAUAAGGAUAUUCUGGAAACCCUAGGAAUGCUUAGUCUUUUACGUAAGCUGCUUGUUUGGUCAUGAAUACUUUUAGCUCUUUUUUACUUAUAUAAAAAGCUUUAUCAUUUAAUUAUCAAAAAUGUAUUUCACUCAUAAAAUGUAUUUCAACUUCAGUAAAAAUGACACAAUGCAUACGAAAGGUACUUGUAUUGGUUCAAAGACACCUUCAGCGCAAGUUUGAAAUUUUAAUUUUGCUAAUAGCUUGUGUACAUAUACUACAACACUAUUUUUCAGUCAGUUGCAGUCCUAUAGCGUCUGAUAACUCUGGAUAUGAUUUAGUCUAUUGCCCUGUAAAUAUGCUUUAUAAACAUUGUAUCUUUGUGUUUUUAUCAAUAAACAGUA